AUGGGUAACAUCUGCAGUUGCUGCGGAUGUGGCUCCUCCCGCAAUGCCAACUACGAGCCUCUCUUGCUCGACAAUGAGCGAGAUGCCGUAGCAGACCUGCUUCAAUACCUCGAGAACCGCUCCGAGACCAACUUCUUUACCGGCGACCCUCUGCGAGCAUUAUCGACACUUUCCUUCAGCGACAAUGUGGACCUGCAGAGGAGUGCAGCGCUUGCGUUCGCCGAGAUCACGGAAAAGGAAGUGCGUGAGGUUGGUCGAGACACGCUCGAGCCCAUCAUGUUCCUCCUGCAGAGCCACGAUGUCGAAGUGCAACGAGCCGCCAGCGCCGCUCUUGGCAACCUCGCCGUCAACGCUGAGAACAAGCUUCUCAUCGUCAAGCUCGGUGGUCUUGAACCUCUGAUCCGCCAAAUGCUCAGCCCCAACGUCGAAGUGCAGUGCAACGCUGUCGGGUGCAUCACCAACCUCGCCACUCACGACGACAACAAGACCAAAAUCGCAAAGUCUGGCGCCUUGGUGCCUCUCACCCGUCUCGCUCGCUCCAAGGACAUGCGUGUGCAGCGCAACGCGACCGGCGCCCUGCUUAACAUGACACAUAGCGAUGAGAACCGUCAGCAGCUGGUCAACGCUGGUGCGAUUCCCGUUCUCGUUGGUCUACUUGGAAGCUCGGACACCGACGUUCAGUACUACUGCACUACCGCCCUCAGCAACAUUGCCGUCGACGCUGCCAACCGUAAAAAGCUCGCUCAAACGGAGCCCCGACUCGUUCAGAACCUGAUUGGCUUGAUGGAGAGCAGCUCGCUCAAGGUGCAGUGCCAGUCGGCGCUGGCGCUUCGUAACCUCGCCUCGGACGAAAAGUACCAGAUCGAGAUCGUGCGCUCCAACGGCUUGCCUCCUCUCCUGCGAUUGUUGCGGUCCUCGUUCCUGCCUCUCAUCCUGUCCGCCGCUGCAUGCGUGCGAAAUGUUUCGAUCCACCCUGCCAACGAAUCACCCAUCAUCGACGCCGGCUUCUUGCACCCGCUCAUCGACCUGCUCAGCCACGAGGACAACGAAGAGAUCCAAUGCCACGCCAUCUCGACGCUUCGCAACCUCGCCGCUUCGAGCGAACGCAACAAGACCGCGAUUGUCGAAGCCGGCGCUGUGGAACGCAUCAAGGAGCUGGUGCUCAACGUGCCGCUCUCCGUUCAAAGCGAGAUGACCGCCUGCGCAGCCGUGCUUGCGCUUUCGGAGGACCUCAAGCCGCAGCUGCUCGAGAUGGGCAUCUGCGAGGUGCUCAUCCCGCUCACUGCCUCGCCGUCCGUCGAAGUGCAGGGCAACUCUGCAGCGGCACUCGGCAAUCUUUCCUCGAAAUCGGACGACUAUGCGCCCUUCAACGCCGUGUGGUCGACCCCUGAAGGCGGACUGCACGGCUACCUCAUUCGCUUCCUCGAGUCGCAGGACUCGACGUUCCAGCACAUUGCCGUGUGGACCAUCGUUCAGUUGCUUGAGUCGGGCGAUGCGCAGCUCGAGGAGUCGAUCCGGGCGUCGGAUCAGCUGCUGCCCUUGAUCCAGCAGCUCGCCUCGCUCUCGGCGGAUCAGAGCGCCGAGGAGGAGAGGACCGAGGGUGGUGGUAGCGACGAUGGGACCAGUGCGGAGGGCGAGAUCAGUUCGCUGGCUAGGAGGAUCCAGGAGAUGAUCCUGGAACCUCAGCAGUAA